CUGCUACAAAGACGGUGAAUAUCAGGGACACUCUGCCGCGCGACCUAGACUCAUGGCGCUCACCCAAGCCGUAUACAUUGGAGGAGGAGUCGCGUAUAUGGGAAACCCUUCGGGCGACGUUUUACGCCGCUGGUGUAGAUUUGUGGCGGUAUGACGGGCUAUACUUCAGGGACGAUCUUCGGCGGACGAUGCUCUCUAGCGGCUUGGCAUACCUGACUUCGACGCGUGGCGAAAAAUGGGAGACAUACUUGAGGAAAUUCAGUGGCUUUAAUCCUCUCACGUGCUGUGGUACGACUCUAGAAGGCCAUAAUGUUGUGGUACGCAUCGUUUGCAUAGGCAACGAGGGCGCGCAACAUCUCGAAAUCCUGCGUAAAUUGGCCCGAGGAUCAACAGGGCUACUGACGGAGAACCACAUCGCGCCGCUGUGGCAAGAAGUUUACUUUCAAGGCCUCACCUUCGUAGUCACGCCUUGGAUCGGUCACAGUCUGUUUGAGUGCUAUGGAUUCUGGGCGAAGAACUCUGUCGGCGAUCUAGUUGACAUCGUCUUGCAGACAUUCCAGGCACUCUGUUUCAUACACGAUAACAACAUCGCACACAGAGAUGCACACCGGAACAACUAUCGGAUUCAAUGGUUCCCAGAAUCCUUGACGACCAAGCGAGUGCCUAUCUGUAGACCACGCGUUUUCCUCACCGACUUCGAGAUGGCUGUCGAAUUCUCGACGGACGUCCCACCUGAGCAGCGCUUGCUCACAGGGCUACCCGGACGGGAUUACAAACGACCGGUACCGCCAGAGGUUGUCUCCAGACAACCGUACGAUCCGUUCAAAGUAGACGUAUGGCAGCUUGCUGAGAGCUUCUCGGACUUCCGGUCGACGAUACCGGAAUUCGAUGAAAACCUUGCCCACAUCGUCAGGACGGACAACAGCAUGAGGCUGACAGCAAUCGAGGCUCGUGACAGACUUGCGGGUAUUCUGCAUAGUAUUCCGCCCAUUGAGUUGCUUAUUCCGCCGGUUAUAUUGAAGAAGAACUAGGAAUAGCACAUUGUGCAUCGUCGCCACGCUACCCAUAAACUUGUUCUUUCGCUUUGAGCGAAUGCUGUUCUAGUGCUGUCAAGCUCUUCUGUCGCAAUAACUAGCAAGGUCUCGUCGUACCGCUUAGUGACAACACCGGGGGCGUCGAGCCGUCCAGCACACUGGCAUUGUGCUAGGGACUUCACAAGUCCACGUAUGGGGGGCGCUCGUUCGUUGG